AUGGCGACGGGAACAGCCCCGAAACGACUACGAUUCGACCUCUUCAUUGAGCAUGUCGACAACACACACAGUGAGCCUGCUACAAGGGCAGCAAACGUGUUGAAGGCGAAAAAAGUGGAGGACUAUGACAAGCAGACUGGGCAAGGAGAAGAACUCGGAGAAUCUUGCUGGCACGCAGGCAAGAUGUGGACUACAUCUCCGGGAUCUCUGUUCCGUGCACUCAGUCAAGACCAAAACCAUCCGAUGUUCUUCAGAAAAUCGAUCGCCAAGACUCGGAUUUCGACUGCUGCAGCAAUACCACACCUUGGCAAAUCUUCUCCAAUCAAGGUCUGCCGGGAUUAUGGAUGUUUGAAGAUACAAGGCAAGCAAUGGGCCUGCAUCUCCGGUCUACCAGCCAUGGGGGCCAUGGCUAUUUGA